UCAGUUGCAGCAAAAUUUCUAUUCGGAUUCAAUCAAAAUGGGACUCGUUACUUACAAGACCGAGAUCACGUUCUCGAUCCCUCCAGCCAAGGUGGUCGAGGCCCUUGUCGAAGCCGGUAACCUCCUCCCCAAGGACCUCCUGCCAGUCAUCAAGAGCGCUGCAGUCCUCGAGGAGGAAACUUCCAGCGAAGGCAGUCAGUACAAGACAGUGGAGCAAAAGGUUGACGCCCCGGACAAGGAGAACUUCAUCUACAGCUGCUCGAUCGUCGAGGGCGACGAGCUGGCCAACACCUACGAGAACAUGAGCCACGAGGUGAAGAUCACCGCGUCGCCCGAGGGAGGCUCGGUGUGCAAGAACAUGAGCGUGUACUACACCGUCGGCGAAGUGGACAACAAGGAGGAGAAGAUCAAGGCCGGGAAGGAGAAGGCGUGCGCGAUGGUCAAGGCCAUCGAGGCUUAUCUCGUGGCAAACCCUCAUGACUAG